AUGCCAACAGCAAUGACUAAUCAACUUUCACCGAUAGAACAAAACCCUUGCGAACUCACUGCCGCUGGUCGCUGGUUUAUCUUCAUGAACUUUUUCGUACAUUCUAUUAUGUACAGCUAUUACACCUUGACCGCAUACGGUAUUCGUAUGCCGAGAAUAAUUUCUAUUUGCCUAACAACUCUUCAAACUAUACAGAUGCUUGUUGGUGUAGCUAUUUCAAUCGCUGUACUUAAACUGAAACUUAAUAACACGCUUUGCCAACAGUCAAUGGAGAAUCUGGCACUUUGUUUCGCGAUAUACGCCUCGUUUGCAGUGUUGUUUAUGCGCUUCUUUUACGACGCAUAUAUGAAACCAAGGAAAUUGAAAAAAACUGCUGAAAAGCUCGAGAAGCAGAAGAAAUCCGAAUAA